GUUGGGGUGGGCGGCUGCUACGGCAGCAGCGGCGACAGCGUCAUGCGGAGGGCGGUGCUGGCGGCACAGACGCUGGCACUGCUAGCGGAGUGCGAUGUGGUCAAGGAGGAGCUGCUGGCAGAGGGGGCGGUGCGGGAGCUGCUGCGCUGCUGCCUGGCGCCACUGCCGCCACCGCACCCGCAGCAGCACCUGCCGCAGCACCUGCAGCCAGGGGGCGGUGUGGGCAGCGGUCUGCAGCUGCGGCUGCAGCUGCGGGAGGAGGCGGUGCGGGCGCUUAGCCACAUGUGCAGCCUGGAGGCAACGGGUCGGGAGGUGCUGCGGUUGAAGCUGCAGGGGCGGCCAGCGCUCCAGGCGCUCCUCUCCUUCCUGCGGCCCCUGCCUACCUCCGCUCCUCACCAUCCCACCGCCUCUCCUUCCACCACCACCACUCCCACCGCUGCCUCCUCCUCCGCCUCCUCCUCAAGCCCUCCCUUCACCACCCCCACUCUAGCCCUACGCGCACUCGCUCACAUGGCCGCACACCCCCCGCUGCGGCCCGGCAUGGUCGCAGCGGGGACCUUGGAGGUACUGUUUGCGCUCGUACGGCGAGCCGGGGGCCCUGUGCCGCCGCCGCCGAUAUCCGCCGCCGCCACAUCGGCGGUGUCGGCGGCAGCAGCGCCCUCAACGAUGAUGCCGACGUCGCUGUCUCCAGAGUCCAUGGAGCUGGCGUUGCUGGCGUUGGUGCGCUGUCUGAGCGCGAUUGAGAGCAAUGGAGGGGUGCUUGACGGUUUCGGAGGCGGCGGCGGCGGCGGCGGCAGCAGCGGCGGCUGGUGUGGGAAGUCUAGUACGUCAGCGGCGACUGACGAGUCGCGGUGCAAUAGCAGCGGCGGCGGCGCCGGCAGCAUUCGCAACAGCAGUGUUGGCGGCGGCGACGGCAGCAGUGGCGGCGGCGGCAGCGGCGGCAGCGGCGGCAGCGGCGGCAGCGGCGGCAGCGGCGGCAGCGGUACGGCUCUGCAGUUGCUUUUGGACGUCAUUGCCGUACCGUCCGGGAAAGGACAAGCGGAUGCCGCUGCUCCAGCUGCUGCUGCUGCUGCUGCUGCUAACGGUGGUGAUGCAGCCUGCACCGUGGCGGCAGCAGCAGGUGCCGCGGCGGUGGCGGGCCAGGUGGCGGGGGCGUCCGCCUGGCCGUACGGUCUGGCGGUGGUCGAGGCCACUGAGGCGCUAGCCGACCUGGUUCGCGACACGCAUGAGGCGCUGCGGGUGCUGGCGGCGCAGGGGCACCUGGUGCUGCUGCAGCGGCUGCUGGCGACAAUGCCACCCGACGCCUCCCCUUCUUCCUCCUCCUCCUCCGCCUCCUCCCGGCUACCGCCGCCACCACCACCACCUCCAUCCUCCUCCUCCACCACCUCCUCCUCCGGUCCGCCUCCCCUACCUCAACGCCAGCUGGACGCCUGCCUACGCGUUCUGGCCCGCCUGGCCCUGGCCGCCCCCGCGCACCCCGACCUCCGCGCCGCCCGCACCCAUGAGGCGCUGCUGGCGGUGCUGCUGGCGGCGGGGCUGGCGGACAAGCCGGGAUGGUGGGCGCUGCAGGGUCUCUGCGCGCUUGCUGCCGACAGCGGCUGCGCGGCCGACCUGGUGGCGGAGGGGGUGCUGCCGCCCGUGGUGGCGGCGCUGCGGGGGCUGGCGCGCGCGCACAAGGACGGCAAUCCCAACCCCAACCACCACAACCACUCCAACCACCACAACCACAACCACCACAACCAAGCCAACAGCAGCAGUGAGGGGAACAGCAACAGCAAUAACAACAAUAACAACGCCACAAAUGGCAACAACUGCAACAACAACAGCAGCACCCAACCACUUGUGGACAAGAGCCAACAGCACCCUCACCAACAGCACCCUCACCAACAGCACCCUCACCAACAGCACCCUCACCAACAGCACCCGAGUGCCGCGCUCCUGGUGCUCCACCGCACCGCCAGCAGCACCGCCUCCUCCUCCGCCUGCUCCUGCUCCUCCCCCGCCACCAGCUGCUGCGGCCCCUCCCGUCGCGACACCGAGGUGGCCCACCUGCUGGGGCUCCUGCUGCAGAACCUGGCAGCGCACAAGUCCCUGGCGCGGGCGGCGGUGGCGGAGGGGGCAGUCAAGGCGGUGUGCGAGUGGCUGUCUGUGUGCGCCCGCAGCUGCGACGUGGAGGGGGUGGUGCUGUGCUGCGCCACGCUGUGCCUGCUGGGCGACAGCUGUCCGGGCGGGCUGGUGGACCUGGUGAACUCGGGCGGGGUGGAGCAGCUGGUGGAGCUGAUGCAUCCCAGGUGGGCUACAGCGGCGCUGGUACCCGCCACCGUCGCCUCCGCCAUCGCUGUGGCGUGUCGCUGGCCCGCCUCCGCCCAGGCGCUGCGCAUGGCGGCAGGCAUCCCGGCGCUCGCCAACACGCUGCGGGGGCCGCACGGGCUGGCGUGCUGCCGGCCGGUGGUGAAUGCGCUGGGGGACCUGAUCGUGAAUGAUCCGCCCUCGCUGAGGGAUAUACGCACCACCAACACCGUGAUCGCGCUAGGCACGCAGCUGCAGCUGCUGCCCGACAACGACCCACGGGCCAGCAACAUCCGCGUGCUGCUGCGUCAGUUGGGCGAGGACCCGGACACCGCCAUGCGGCUCGCACACAACGAGGCGGAGCAUGCCCUGGCCGCCCCCGCCUGGCCGCAUCACCACAACCACCAUAACAACCACCUUCAUCAACAACAUCACAACCACCACCUCCCAGACCAUCACAACCACCAGAACCCAAACCAGCAGCUUCAGGAACAGCACCUCCCUCAGAACCAAUCCGCACCAGACGGCGCGUGGCGGCGUGCAAGCAGUAGCAUGACACGCCAGCAGCAACAACACCACCCCCAGCAAGCCCCAUACACUGCCCCUGCUUCGGCUGCUUCACCUGCUCCUGCUGCUGCUGCAAUCACCACCAGUGCUGCUGCUGGCUCGGCCGGAGGUCACGGCCCUGCAGGAGGCUGCCGUCGAGCCAGCACGGAUGGCCUGCCUGCAUGUCUGGGGCCGGGGGGGCAGCGACGCAGCGACUGUGGGGCCGCUGGGGCCGGGGGGGCGGGAUGUGGGCAGCCGGGUAGCUGCUGUCAGGUGGGCAAGUCGGCAAGGCCGUCAGCGGCAGGGGCAGCGGGUUCCGCGGGCGGUGGUGGUGGUGCGUUGCAAGAGGAGUUUUGGCGGAUGGAAUCCAGCUACAAGUCACUGCGGCGGGCCAGUUUGAAGCAGCUGGCGCAGCGGCUGGACGCCAGCGACUUCUCAGAUGUGGAGGACGAUGUGGAAGACUACAUAGCGGUGCUGCAGCUGCCGAGCCAAGAUGACGCCGGCGCCCACCACUCUCAUCACCACCACCACCACCAUCACCAUCACCACCAGCCCGACCACCUCCAAAACCAACCACCUGCAAUCCACCACAACUACCACAGCGACCAGCUCCGCUCUCCACCUCCGGAGCCUCCGCCGCAGCUGCUACAUCAGCCACAGCAGCCGCCAGCAGGAGCGCCCUCCAACAACUCCAACCCCCUUCCAGCGGCGGCUCCGGAACCACCCGCCAUGCAUGUAAUCGCACCUGCACCUGCACCGGCACCUGAAACCGUGUCGACAGCCAUGGCCGCCCCGGCUCCAAAAGGCAACAAGAGCCCUGGCACUGCUGCUGCUGAUCUGGGCGGCGAAGGCGCCGACGGUGGCAGCAGCGGUGGCGGAGAGUGGUGGAGUCCUGCCAGCCCCCUGCCUGCCGCGUUACCUCAGACAGGCUUGCAUCCCCACCUCAAUCCUGCUAGCUCAAUCAUGCAGCAGGAGGUGCUGCAAGGGCAACACCACCAGCUACCACCGCCACAACAACACCAGCACCAAGACGAUCAGCAAUCACCCCAGCAACGCGACUCCUCUUCCGGUAGCGGUGGCGGUGAGGUGGGCAGUGGUGGCAGCCGCCGCAGCCGCAACCCGGUAGUGCACACCCUGCAAGCGGUCAACCCGCUAAGGCUGUUUGGAGCCGUGCGCCGACCCAGGGGUCAGUCCGGAGACCGACCCCACCGUGGCAGCGACAGCAUGCUGCUGUGCGCAUCGUCGUCAUCCUCCUCCUCAAUCGCGCCGGGGCUAGCAGCAUCAGCAACUCGCACAGCCCCAGUUAUGUUGCAGGUGGAGGGCGACGAACUGGUUUUCUGGGCGUGAUGAGGUGAUGAUACCCUGGCUGUCACCAUUGAGCGAACCCUGGACAGCAAACCGUGGGGUUCACUGCUAGGUAUCUCCUCCUGGCUGCAACCCAAACAGUGAUUCCUCUGGGGACAGCCUGGGACAGCUGCCGUACUGGAUACCGGAUAGCUUUAUAAGGACAGCUGCUGCUGUGCAGGUUGCCCGGUGGCUUCAUUCCGAUUACUGGUAUUCGCGGUCGAGGGCAGCACCGUUGGUCGUACCCAGCGCUUCGUAGGCAGCAGCCUGGUAUACUGGUUGUCGUGCCAAUGUGUCCGGCGGACACCUAAAAAUGCAGGUGUCAUCCCUUUUGCACGGAGAGAUUAUGAAGAGAUUGCAAGAACCCCCGUGCGAGGCCUCACAUGUGUUCCUGGGGUUAACCGCCGAUGGGUGUAGGAGUGCCGCUUGGUUGAUGGGUCCCGUGCGACCUGAGGGGUACUUAAAAUAGGGAGGCCAUUCAGUAUGUGAACCUGGGGCCGUGUUUACAAAAUUACGUACAAUGAAAAUUGCAAAGGAUACGUUGCAAUUUGGUGCAACUAGGAAUUGAUAAGGGAGGCUGAGUCAUUGUAAGGGGUUUCCACAUGCCGAUCCCGCUGAAGACCCGUUACCCGUGGAAGUGCAACGUUGGUGCCGAGUGGCCCGCUUGCUGCCUAUCUAACUGCCCGCCUGCCUGCCUGCCAGUACCUCCCAGCUUGCCGAACUGUCAGUACUAACUGGUUUGGGUGCUGUUAGAGCAGGCAGUGGAGCCUCCUAAUCCUGCUGUUUCCCACAGUACGAAUCUUACGUGGUGUUGUUGGUCGUCGUAAUUGUUCGUUGGGGGCCUGCCGUGUUCUAAUACGUUGUUCGCACACUUCAUGGAUCUUCCUAAUAUGCACUAAAAGUGGUCAUUGGCGGCGAGCGUACGCAGGGUGGCGAGACUACGGGUUGUGACUUUGUGACUAAGUGGCGCCAUGAAGAGCACCCCACCACAGUUGGCGGCGGUUUGACACGUCGAUGGCCACUGGCGCUUGGUGCUGGGAUGUUAUUUAUCUCCGUCAACGUUCUAGGCUUUGGCUGCAGUUCCUAUCCGCUAGUAUUUGCGAUGAAGGCAACUGCCGUACGAUGAUUAACCAAUAACGGUACUGUGUACUGGCAAGCAGCCUGCCUCGGCGGCCUGCUUACCGGCCCACCUGCAAACGUGUGUUUUUUGACACGGCUUUUCCGUCGCGCCUGCCUGCCUGUCAUACGUCGAUACGUUUUAUAACUUCUACACGCGCGGCAUUCAACUCCAGCGAAUGUUGCGUCUGAGCGAGCCUCCUCUUUACAAAACUGUGGUGGUGGUGGUAGCACGUUGUGACCAUGUUGGGACCCGGUUGGACCGCAAUGACCGAUGGUAACACGCAUGGCAUAGCUCCAUAACCCAUAACUACUUGCACCCCUGGCAAGAUGCUGUCAAGGGCCCUUGAUGGCCCAAUAACUCCGACUCCUCAGAGAGUCGUGCACUCCACUUGCGUGAUUUCCUCGGAUGUCCUAUCCUGGCGCGUGGGUUUGACUGGUGGCAUCUUACAUGAGGACCGUUCGUUGGGGUUGCGUCUCUUUAUGGUUUGGUGGGCCUUUCCAAGGUCUCCAUGUUGCCUUGGUGGGGCUGGAACGAACGUUGCUGGCUUGAAGGUUUGAAGGACGGUGGUGCGCGGUAGGUUUUGCAGGAGGGGGUAGCUGCGGGGCAGGCGGACGCUUGGACCUGGGGGAUAUGUGUGCAUGUGUCCUGGCGUGCAAUGGCGGGCACCGGUAUGCCACAAUGGGGGUUAUGUUGGUGUGUGCUGGUGUAUGUGGGUGGUUAUGUUGGUGUGAUGUUAGUGAUGCACGUUCUGAGUUGGUGGCUGUGCAGGUGUUGGUGGGAGUUUGCGCGGAUGUGGUCCGAACGAACUAUCCGCAGCUUCUUUCGGACCACCGGAGUGUGCGGGCUUGUUGUGACAGGUCAACAGUUGUGCCCAUGUUGGUUACCUUGGACUUUGAGUGCGCUUUUGACAGUGGAAGAGACGAACAGGUGAUGAAAGCUGGUUGGAGCAUGGGGGGCGGCUGUGAGCGCUCUUGCUACAAAUGCAUGUGCCCUCACAGCCGCUGGUAUGGGCGUACAUGUGGAAUGUGAAUUUGAGGAGUAAAGGUGGGAAAACAUGUGGGCUUGAUUCUCGAGUGUUUGUGUGUUGCAAACCGCCGAAGUAAUAUUGGAGUGGGUGUGUCAUGAAGGAACAUGGAAAGGCGUGUUUGACAGUUUAAAUGGUAAGCAGGUGUUUUGUUGCCGUCCACGCACAGCAACUUGCUGUGCGAAGGAACCUCAUUUCGAAUUUCUUUUGGCUGGGGCCAACGCCUGUAAGGACACCUACUGUUUC